AUGGAGCAUUUCAAUCCAAGAAGUGUGGAAGAGGUUUUCUUACAAUUCAAGGGCCGAAGGGCUGCUUUACUCAGAGCUCUCACUACGGAUUUUGAUGAAGUUUAUAGGCUGUGUGACCCAGCACUAUCAGAUAAGCAUAAGCUUAGCCUUUAUGGAUAUCCGUGUGAACGAUGGGAAGUGAAUGGUGCAGAAGAAGUUAUGCAUGCUGUUCUUCCUGAACCCCUUAGGGGCAUUAACUUUGCUCGAGAUAGGAUGGAAAAAAGGGAGUGGCUAGCUAUGCUUGCACAUCAUAGUCACCUAUGGCUACUUUCUGUUGCAUUCAAUUUUAGUUCAAGAUUUGGCCAUGACAAAGCUGAUAGGAGUAGGCUUUUCGCUAUGAUAAAUCAACUCCCUACCAUUUUAGAAGUUGUGUCAGGGAAAGCUAAGCAACCACCAAAACUGCUCAAUGAUGACAGCAAGUAUUCAAAGGUAUAUACUAGAAGGAGUGUGGGUGCAGUGCCAACAAAUACACGGGAUGCGAAAAAAGCAGAGCCUUCCGUUUCUGCAUCGGAUAGGGGUGAAGGCUAG